AAUAUUUACAUCAGUGCACCUGCAACUGCGAGGAAUGAAAACCCUCUUCCCAAUCACAGUAUAUUUUCGUAAUAAAAAUUGCCAUUUUUGAAAAUCUGAGGACCACAAAUAAGUAUGAGGUUUUCACCUUCACUGUUAAGUAUCUCUAUUCUGAUACUUGUGUCAUUCACUCAUGGAAACACGAUGGAUAUGAAAGUUUUGCAAGUGGGACAGGAGCUAAUGAAGGAAACUCUUCCAUUACAAUCUGGAUCAAGACUAUAUGAACUGCAAGGGUUGAAUUUGAAUAAGUGGUAUGAAGUGAAGAUCUCAUAUCCUGCUUCUAUACCAGCUACUUUCACUCUACAACUAAGUAAAGGAAGUUCAGGGCUAAAUGUUGGUAGGAAGUUACUAAAUACUGAAAAGAUUAUUUUUCAGGCGGACAGUCUUCAAUUGCUUGGUGACAAGGGUGGAACAUUUGUCCUGGUAAAUGUGGAGCCUGAGGGAAUUGUUGCAAUACCUGGGGUAAAGGAGAGGAAACACAUCAUAUAUAAUAUAGUAUGUGAUGAGCUACUACUGGGCAUCCCUCACCAAGCAUGGUAUGUCGUAGUGUUGGUGGUUCUCUGCUUGGCACUGGCACUUGUAAUCCCGUCAUUUCUUCCGUCAUAUCUUCUACCAGGGAAUCAAGGAUUAAAUGCUGCUAGUCAUGGUAUUUCUAAGGACUCUUGAUCAUUUUUGGUAGUUGUCACCAGUCACAUACGUUCGACAAGGGGUAGUAGAUCAUGGAGUUCAAGCAUUAGAAAAUUUUCUAACCAGUGUAAGCUAGUUUUGUUAAUUGCAAAUGAUUGAUUAAGAUAUGCAUCAUUACUUGAUGCAGUUUUCGCACCCUAUCUCUCACUUUAUGUACUUUUUUUCCUUCUUUUGGCUGUAAACCUGGAGUUAGUUUGUCCUAUCAUUUUUCUUGCUUUGAAUAAAGUUCUACUUACAAAA